AUGCUGAAGCGUGUUGUUCAUUCCUUAGGCCUAGUGGAGCACAGUAAUGAAAAUCCAAGAAGAAAGAACAAGGCUAAGCGUAAACAUCAUCACCAAGAUAAAACCAAAGAGAAUAUCAAACUCAGUACACCAAAUGCAGUAAAUAUACUACCUCCUAAUGAAUGCAGAAUCCAUGAAAAGCGUGAUCAGGUUAAGGAGACAAAUUGGGUUGGUGAAGAGAAAGUGAAUGCAAAGGUGAAUGUGUUUCAAGGUGGAGAAGAUGGAGAUGAAUCUUGUUUUACUGCAAAUGAGUUUUAUGUUUCAAAGGAUAAGUCAAUAAGAUAUUCGAGAAGAAAAGGAAUAGUAAAAGGGAAGAAACCUUUUGUGGCACCAUUUCCAAGAUUAUAUAGGGACUUGAAAUGGAAACCUAGCCUUGCCACUGUGGAUGAUCUUUCUCCAUGA